AUGUUUGCUUGCAUCUCCUAUGCCGUGGGCUUACGUGUGGACAACGUGUGGCACUUCCCCUACCUGUGCCAGAUGUACGGCGGAGGAGCUGCAGCUCCAGAAGGUGCCUGGCAGCAGCAGGGAACCUGCUGCCCCAGUGUGGCAGGACAGGCGCCUCACCCUCUACUGAGGUGUAAAAGUGAGCGACCCACAGAUCGGAAAUUUAAGUCCCCUACCACAAGUGGAAACACAAAUCAAAAGGGUCGGGUGUUUUGGCAGUGGGACCAGCCUGGAAAGGAAACCCCUACACGAAACAAAGUGUGGCGCUUCCUCAUGUGCUUUCUGGUUCAUUGUCACUGUCGAAUCUUCAUCCAGUACUUGAUGGAAUCUGAUGUAGAGAUAGAUGCACAGCUGAGCACUGGCCAAUCUCCUGCAGUCACCCAGUCUUACAGAAGGAGGAGGAGUGAGAAAGUGAGCAAGGAGGUAAAGACCUUGGUGGGGAAACCCACAGAAACAGCAGACCCAAGCAAGAUUCGAGUAGGAGCUCAGUUAACCUUCAAAGGACCACAAGCAGAGAGGUCCGGGGACAUGGCAGCCCAGUGCCAGAGCUGGGGCUACACAGAAAUCAGCUUCCAGGAAUUCUGCUACAGUUGGACCAUAAGCAACUUCCCUUCUUUCCUCCGGGAAAGCAUCGAAGCCGUAAAAAGCCCAACCUUCUCACCUGCGGCCAGUGACAAAGAGCGAUGGUGUCUGAAAUUACACCUGAACGGGGUCGAUGAAGAAAGCGAGGGAUACUUGUCGGUUUACCUAGCAUUGCUCAGCUGCCCAAAGAGCCCCAUAUGGGCAAAAUUCCACUUCUGGAUCAUCAAUUCCGAAGGAGAGCAAAGCCAAGGCAUGAAGAGCCCAAAAUUCUUGAGGUUCCUGCAAAAUCAACACUGGGGAUUCAAAAAGUUCAUCCUUCGAGAUUUCCUCCUGUCCUGGGAGCCUUGGCUCCUUGAAGACAAUGAGCUGAGCCUCCGAUGCCAGGUGACUGUGGUCCAAGACUCCUUCGACAUCCCUGGCGAGGGCACGAAGCCAGAGGUCCAGAUGCCGAGGUGCACCUUGGCAGAAGAGCUAGGAGAGCUGUGGGAGAAGUCCCUCUUCACAGACUGCUGCCUGGUGGUAGCUGGCCAGGAGUUCCGGGCUCACAAGGCCAUCUUAGCAGCUCGCUCUGCAGUUUUCAGAGCCAUGCUUCAAUGUGACUCGGAGGAGAGUAGAACAAACCGCCUUGAGAUCCAUGAUCUGGGGCCCCAAGUCUUCGAGGCAAUGAUGGGCUUCAUUUACACCGGGAAGGCACCAGCCCUCCACAGCAUGGCAGAUGCUGUGCUGCCAGCUGCUGACAAGUACGGCCUGGCGCGUUUGAAGGUCAUGUGCGAGGAUGCCUUGUGCAGGGACCUCUGUGUGGAGAAUGCUGCCCACACUCUCGUCCUGGCUGACCUGCACACUGCAGGGCAGCUGAAAACCCAGGCACUGGAUUUCAUUACAGCGCAUGCUUCCGAGGUCUCUGAGACGUCAAGCUGGAAGACAUUGGUGGGCUCAUUUCCCCACUUGGUGGCUGAAGCAUACAGCUCCCUGGCUUCUGCUCACUGUUCUUCACUGGAACCCCCUCCGAAACGCCUCAAGCAAACUUAG